UGAGGCUUGCCUCCUAAGCUCAUCCGCCGAUCUCUCCCUCCGUCCUGUUCGAAUUCGAACAUACGGCUCCUUUCUAACUUUCUUUUUAAGCAAGCUCCGGAUUGCCUGCAAACCCUAGCUAUUUCCUCUUUCCCUUACGACGAUGUCCUUCUCCCAGUUCCCCAUCGACGACAGAGACCUUGACGACGCCGAGCUCUGGGACGUCAUUGAUUCAGCUGCGGCCUCUAGAUCCCGCCGGAUGCCGCUUGCCAUUAAGAACUCCUCUCCAGCAUCGAAUCCCUCACCCAUGCCGCCAAAGCUCUUUCAAAGCGCUAAGAACUACCUCGCCGCAAAUGCGGAGGAAUAUAGGGUUUCCACCCACGGAGAGGUAGUGCAGGAAGAGCGAUGGGCGCUUGCAAGGCCGCAGAAGAUGGCGAGGUUCGUGGAACCCGUGGCUUGUGGAGAUCACAAUCGGAUGGUGGUCGUCCGGCACCCGUCUCGAACUCCGUUGACCUCAUCGCCAUCGUACCCUCCUCCAUCUACUGGGAAGUUCUCAGUGAAGGAGGUGAGACCGAUCAUUGAGAGCCCAAAGAUGAAUUGUCAGCGGGAAGAUGAGAAGGAUAACUUUACACAUUCCUUGUCUGGAAGCUUCCCUUCAGUGUCGAUGUUCAAGCAGUAUCAGAAUGCAGCCAUGGAGAUUUUAGAGAAAACUGAUUACACCAUGAUACGUGGCAACCCAUUUAUCAAAAAAGCAGGUUGGCGGAAGAUAUCAUUCUUCUUCAACAUUUCAUUUGAAAUAAGGGACAAAAAUAUUGAGUAUGAUGACAACCGAAAUGUUAUUCGUGCUGAGUUUUUGGUUCGCGCUUUCAUGCAGGGUGGCAGAUUUUCAGAUGGAUGGGGUUCUUGUGAUCGAAGGGAGAAACAUCUUAAUAAGCCCAACCAUGAUAUUCCUAGCACAGCAGAAACAAGGGCUAAAAAUAAAGCAUGUCAAGAUCUACUUGGUAUAGGUGAGUACAGACCUGGCGUAAAGAUGUGAGUGCGACUUGUGUAAGAAGUUACUCUACCUUCAUCUUCUAACGCAACACACUUUCCUCCCUAAAUCAUUUAAAAAUUAAUCUUCAGUUGUAUGCCACAUUAAUUCUCAUCUCCAAUCGUGCUUUAUCUAAGACCACAAAAAGAGGAGCCAAAUAAAGGGUAAAGCGGAGAAUUAUUGAAGCAAUGCACAUGUUAUGUUCAUGUCUUCCUACAGUUUCUUCAAAACAUAAACUAAACAUUGUGAUGGGAAGAUUCGUUCACUGUUUGUUCUCAGGCUUCGUUUGAAA